AUGUACUUGAACAAGAACUGUAAAGCAUUUGACGCAGUUCGAAAGGUGGUGCUUGAUGAACGGUAAAUAGCUUGCAUCACUAUGUCACCUUAAGAUUUUGUACAGUAUUGGCCUAGCAGUAAUUAAUUUCUUUCCAUGCCAUACCUUGUGGUAAAUAAUGACAUGGUGGUGCUGUGGGGCACAUGUAUCCUCAAGUUUGUCCCGAAUACAGCAAGAUCGGUGCAAAACAUACAAAAGUUUCAAGUCUCCACAUAUAAUUCCCCUUAGGAAACAUAGAAUUUUUAAUAAUUGUACAUUACCAUCUAGGCACACAAGCAGAUUGGAGAAUUUUAAUUCCACAUUAUUGAAAUAUGUACUUAAAGGAAGAGUGGGAUACCAGUAAGUGUGCUUCUGUACAUAUGUUAUACUACAGUUAGAAGUGUUAUAAUGUGCACAAAUAAAGUGAAUCCCGCACAGUAUAUGCUUAAAAAUAAGAUAAUCCUUAUGCUUCUUUCAAUAGGUAUGAUGCUCUGGCUGCUAUUGAUCACAACGCACAUGUGUUUCGCAAAGCGGCAAUUACUGCUAGUGGUAAACCUAAACACAACAAAGUUUACAGCAAGAGAUCCAAUUGGAGAAUAGAAGUUGUAAAGGAGCCCAAAACCUAUGAUUUCUGGCCUACCAUUGCUUGUAGAAUCGUGAGAAGAGAGUUGAUGAUGAGGAAAGUAUACUUCGAAAAGUUGAAAUCCCUAAAGAGCACCCGAAGAAUAUUGCCCAAUCAAUUGCACUCAAACCCAUACCCAAGACAAGUGAUCUUGUUAACAGUCAUUGUCAAGGUUUGCUGCUAGCACCCCUGCACAGUCACAUCCAACAGCAGAUACACCAUCGUGGAAUGCGGAAACAACAUAACUGA